CCUCUAUAACAGCCUGCAGACAGCAGCUGAGUUCAGACCUGAACCAGCCGAGGAGCCAUGAACACACUGUUGACCUUCUCCAUCUCCUUGUUAUUCAGCUCGUCGGUCUGGAGUGGAUAUCUGGAAUAUGACCAAGAUGUCUUAAUACCGGACGACUGGACUCACGUGGGUCCAGUUGACCCCACAGAGGAGCUGGAGCUGACCUUCGCCCUGAAGCAGCAAAACAUCGACCAGGUGGAGGAGAUCCUCCGUCGCGUGUCUGACCCUGACUCAUAUGCAUAUGGUCAAUACCUCACCCUGCAGGAAGUGUCCUCCCUUGUGAGUCCGUCUGAACUGACCCAGAAGGUGGUGCAUCACUGGCUGCGGAGCCAUGGGAUUACAAACUGCCUGACAGUACACACUCAGGACUUUUUACAGUGCACCAUGACUGCAGAGGUUGCAGAGACCCUGCUUCCAGGUAGCAAGUUCAAACGUUACACCAGGAACGGCCAGUCUGUGGUGAGGUCUGCAGCGCCGUACUCUGUUCAUGAUGAUGUUCACCAACACCUGGACUUUGUUGGAGGGCUUCACCGUCUCCCUCCUAAAGGCCAGGACCUUAGCAAAGCCUCUAACAGGAAGCAGAAGCAGUCUGAGGCAGGGGUCCACCUGGGCGUGACUCCCGCCGUCCUGAGGGCACGUUACAACCUCACAGCCGCUGAUGUGGGAACAGCUCCAGACAACAGCCAGGCAGUAGCUCAGUUCUUGGAGCAGUACUACAGCCCUGCAGACCUGUCAGAGUUCAUGGGUAUCUAUGGCAGGAGCUUCAAGCAUCUCUCUAAGGUGGACCGGGUCGUCGGCACUCAGGGAGCAGGAAAGGCCGGUAUUGAGGCCAGUCUGGACAUAGAGUACAUCAUGAGCACGGGGGCAAACAUCUCCACGUGGUUCUUCACCAAUCCAGGUCGCCAUGAGUCCCAGGAGCCUUUCCUCCAGUGGAUGGUUUUGCUGAGCAACAUGUCUGACCUGCCCUGGGUUCACACUGUCAGCUACGGAGACGAUGAAGACAGCCUGUCUACUGCAUACAUGACACGAAUCAAUACAGAGUUCAAGAAGGCUGGAAUCAGGGGAAUUUCUCUGCUCUUUGCUUCUGGUGACAGCGGUGCAGGCUGCAGACAUUUGGGUAAAGAACAAAACUCUUUCAGGCCGAGUUUUCCUGCAUCAAGCCCAUAUGUGACUACAGUAGGAGGAACCUCAUUCAAGAACCCUUUUAAGCUAACAUAUGAAGUUACAGAUUACAUCAGUGGAGGAGGCUUCAGCAACGUCUUCAAAAUGCCCGACUACCAGGCCAGUGCAGUGGAGGGAUAUCUGAAGAGCGUAGCAGCAGCCCUCCCUCCUAAGACGUACUUCAACACCAGCGGCAGGGCUUACCCGGACCUGGCUGCACUGUCCGAUAACUACUGGGUGGUCAUCAACAGAGUACCCGUCCCCUGGGUGUCUGGGACUUCGGCGUCGACCCCUGUGGUCGGAGGCAUGCUGUCUCUCAUCAACGACCAGCGGCUGCUGAAGGGUCUGCCUGCCCUCGGCUUCCUCAACCCUCGCCUCUACCAGCUCAAAGGACAAGCUCUGUUUGAUGUGACUGAAGGCUGUCACCUGAGCUGUCUGGACGAACAGGUUCAGGGGAAAGGAUUCUGCGCUGCACCAUCGUGGGAUCCUGUUACAGGCUGGGGGACACCAAACUACCCUGAACUGCUGGCUGCCCUGCUCACUGACUGAAACUCAUGAGUGUGAAACUGUCAGGGCGCGUCUGCUCUGAGAGCAGGUACUAUACACACAUCCAAAGGCAGGACCGUGAAAAACAAAGCCCACACUUUAGAUUCAUCACUUUGCGUCUCAACAUUAAAUUCAAUAUGUAAAACAGAGUUAUUCCACGCUUCAGGUUACAUCGUUUUAGGAUUGACUUACUUUUAUCAAUUAAUUUUUUUUAUUUUCUACAAAAGGCUUAAAACUGUUUCCUGAGAUAUUUUCAGGUCAGGGAUAGUCAGCGGUUUGGGAUUUUUAAUGCUACACUGCAGCUGCUUGUUUCUGCUGUUCGCUGCAUUUUAACUGACCCAGAUUUCUUUGUGAAUCUCUCACACACACUUACAGGCAGAUUAGUGUUAACACUACGCCUUUAAUUCAUGCCGCAAGAUAGGGAAAGGGAAGUGUGGGCAAACUGGUUGCUAUGCAUAAAGAACAACAAUAAAAACAUUAAAACGGCACUCCACCUCUCAGAUAAGUCUAUUUGAAUAGGUUUUUAUAUCAAGUUAGAUGUCAAUAAAGAAUCUAAAUACCGGAUGCAAUAAUUUCACCAGAUCAGGCAAUUUAACACUAAAUAAGAUAUGGAUUUGCUUUUUAGUGAGACUGAGAUUGCCAAAAUAUGUGAUAUUGUUAGUCUAUUUUGCCAUACUACUCUGCAGGGAUGAGCAAGAUGCAAGUCAUCAUUUAACUGAAUCACAAAGACUUUAUUUGCAUGCAAUUCUAUAAAUGUCACUUGUGCAUUUGAAAUAAAAUGGGAACACUCAGUAUGUGGCUUAAGAUUAACUGGACCUUUUUUAAAAUCUUGAUGUUUGUCGUUGUUUGCUCUGCGGCGACAAACUAACCAAAUGCACUGAAAUAUGUGGGUUUAAAGUGAUCCAGUAGUUCUACCCACCAGCAUUGUUGCACUUGUUUUUAAUCUUUAAACCAUGUAAA